UCAAACUCAAACAUGUGUCUGUUUAAAGAUUCUACACAUAAUUGUAUUUUGUAUUGUUUCUAGUGCUUCAUCAUCUCACUGUGAUAUGAUUUUUUUUUGUAAAUGUAAGCUCAACGAUGGAGGAAAAAAUGGAACACAGAAUAUUAGAACUUUACAGCGGUAUUGGUGGCAUGCAUUGUGCCUGGAAUGAAAGCACAAUCAAAGGGAAAGUUGUAGCCGCUAUAGAUAUAAACACCGUCGCAAAUGACGUUUACAAGUACAACUUUCCUGAGACACUAUUAUUCACAAAAAAUAUACAAUCUUUAACACCGAUAGAAAUGGAAAAGUAUAAAAUUGACACAGUUCUCAUGUCACCACCUUGCCAGCCUUUUACUCGCAAUGGAAAAAAUUUGGAUGAAAAUGAUCCAAGAACCAACUCAUUUUUAUAUUUCAUAGAUAUAUUAGACAAAUUAAAUACCCUUCAAUAUAUUUUAAUGGAAAAUGUUAAAGGGUUUGAAUGUUCUACUGUUCGAAACUUAUUUGUUGAAAAGUUGACUUACUGUGGAUUUGUCUAUCAAGAGUUUAUGUUGAGUCCUGUAAGUGUUGGAGUGCCUAAUUCAAGAUUGAGGUAUUAUUGUAUAGCUAAAAGGAAUAAUACAUGGAACUUUAAAAGAAAAGAUGAGCUUAUUACAUGUCUUCCAAAAACCUUUGCAAAACCUCAUUGCCUUAAGGAUAUUAUUGAAAAUAAUGUGCCUGAUGAUUACUUGGUGCCAGACAAGAUGUUAAGGAAAGCAAAUAUAUUUGACAUUUGUUAUGCAGAUUCUAACAGGUCAUGUUGUUUUACUAAAGCAUACACACAUUAUGUAGAAGGUACAGGCUCUGUGUUCACCGAAACAAGUUAUGACAUAGUACAGAAGUAUUUAAAAUUGGCUAAUUAUUUUGAAGUAGGUAGUGAUGAAUUUCUGCAAACCUUAAAAAAGCUUAAACUUAGGUUCUUUACGUCUAAAGAAAUCUUGCGGUUAAUGUCAUUUCCUAGUGAGUAUAGUUUUCCUACGACUGUUACAAGGAAACAAUGUUAUAGGCUUCUUGGAAAUAGUGUAAAUGUUAAAGUUAUCAGUGAAUUAUUACAAAUUCUGUUUGAUGAAUAAGAGUAUAAUAGUUUCUAUAAAUGUA